CUUAAAACUUUAAAAAAAAUAAAAGCAAGGGAAACUCCCUAAGGCCUAACUGCCCUAACUUAUUACUAACUAGCCUAACUAACUUAUAACUAGGGCAGUAGGGCCGGCUAGGGCUUAGUUUUAGAUUUAGAGUUUAAGGCUAGACUAGAGCCUAGCUCUCAGUAGCAGGCCUAGCUAGACUAGAGUCCUAGAUCUAUAUGAAUAUGUUAGUAUAAGUAUAAUCUAGUCUCAAUCUAGCCAGGGUCCUAUGGUCACCCUGACACAGAUGUCAUUAUGGCAUUUGAAUUUCACAGUAUAAGUGUUACAUGUCCUUCCCUGACAUUAGUGACACUGCAGUUAUUGUUAGCAGAUUUCAGUUCUCAACUUUGACAAGAUAUGGUUUAAAAGUCUUCAAGUGUUCUGAGAUGAUAUACAGAUAACAGUUUUCAUUAUAUGACAUUGUCUAAAAAUUUAAAGAAUAUUUCUUUUAAAAAUGACUGAGGAAAGCGAAGGCAUUACUCAAUUCCUUAGUCAUAUUGGAAUGUCAAAAUACAAAGAUAUAUUUAUAGCUAAAGGUUUUGAUUUAAUUUUUGACAUUCCAUAUCUUACUUCACAUGACUUAGAAAAGGAACUUAUGAUCACAUCAGCACAGGACAAAUUGUUGAUCUUAAGAUGUGCCACUCAGUAUAGACAAAGACCUGAGCAAGCAGUUUAUGACUGGCUGCGAAGCAAUUAUUUGGAACGCUACCAUAUAGAUUUUCAACGUAGUGAACUCACAAAUCUUAAAAAGAUAGCUAGCCUCUCUCUACCUGAUGAAAAUCUCUAUGAUGAACUUGAAAUAGUUCUACCUGGACACAGGAGACGGCUUGAGAGGGCAGUUCAAAAACUGAAACUUGACCAGAAGAAACCCUUGACUCCUGAAGUCCCUGUUGUUAUUGGAAGAUGGUCGAAACCGGCUUGCCUUCUGGAAGCUAAAUUUGAUUUCUUGUGUGUUAAAGCUUUUAUUUCUUCACAUAGUCAGCCAGACAAAAAAGUUUCCAUAGACUUCAUGGUAGACUCUGGUAGUGAUGUGUCAACUAUACAGGAAGACUACAUGGCCAAUUUAAACCUUCAACUCUUGGGUCCUAUAUACAGCUGCGGUAUUCAUGGUGGUAAUCACACUAAUCUUUAUAAGGCACGAUUGAAGCUGGGAGACCAGGAGCUGGACAUAGAGGUAAUGGCCAGUAAUUACAAUUCAUUGGGCAGCAGAGUUGUUAGACAUUUUCGGCACGUUAUAGAUGGAAAUCAUCAUGUUUGGCUAAAAGGAAAUUACAGAGAACCACUUCCCAUUAUAGGAGCUCAAAGCAGCAGUAUACCAUUUUCAUUACCAGGGCCAAGCAUGUCUAAGGCACCUGAGCCUGAGCUUUCCAAUCUGUCUUUGACUAAAAGAAAGCGGCAAGACUCAGGUGAAGACAGUGAUUCUGAAUCUCAUAAAGUCAAGAAACCCAGCCAGAUUGAUAUUGAUACAUCAGAACCAUCAAAACAUUUGAAUGCGAUGAAGACACUGAUAAAUUCAAGUGCUAAUCACUUAAAUCCAGAAAGGAAUGAGCCUGUCAUUUCUGUGGAGCUAAGAACAGGUCACUUUGACUCAUCUGCUCCAAGUUUGAAAAGUGAUUUAUUUCAAGAGCCCAUUGAAAUACAGUCAUCGUCAUCUGCUCAACAGGUAGUACUUCAGGAUAUCGGUACUGAUAAGUCUAUGCUGUCUAGAAAUGUUAAUACUAAUUCAUAUAAAGAUACAGAUGAUGAUAUAGAUCACAUGGAUGUACCAACAGCAAAUAGCUUUCUUCCUCCCCUAACUGAGUUUAGCAACAUUGAGACCCCAAUGUUGAUCUGGGAAGAAAGAUGGCCUCGGAAUUCCCUUUUAGGACAAGAGUCUAAACUUGCUCAGUUAAACAACUCUGAGGAAGUUGUUCAUGUGCAUCAAGGAAAGUCCUGGUUAGUGGAAGGGGAGGAGAGCAUAAACAAUUUUGCUGAGGAAGCUUCUAUAGACAUUGAUGUUGAUAGCCAUGUAACCAGAGAUGUGGUGCUGCAGAAUAAUUUUUUCCAAGCCCAAGACAGCAUAACCUUCAUCUCCCUUACAGAGCUAAACAUGUAUGAUCACGAUGAACUAAACUUUCCUCAAGAGCCAAGCUAGUAUUUUUCAAAUUGCUAUAAUAAUUGAAUAAUUGAAAUACUUAGCAAAUUAUCCUUGCUAACUAGAUCCUUUAUAUUUUUAUACAUUAAGUCAUGAAAAUGUGUUUUUUAUACAAUUUUCAUACAUGUUUAUUUUAAAGUUGACUUUCUACCUAGUGGUGUCUGCUGACCAUGUUUUAAAUGCAUUAUUGUGGCCACUAGAUGGACAUAUUUUGCUAUUGUUUUUUAAAAUAGUUAUCAUAUAGAUAUAUAUUUUAUUAAUAAACAUUUUAUAACAUAAGAGACCAGAUGUGAUAGUUCACAGAUACAAUGAGUUUUAUUUUUAUAAGGAGCUUAGUAUUCAAACUUCUACUUAAACCAGCAAUACAUACAUUUAUUUUUUGUUGAGUCCAUGUUGUUUGUUAUUCUGCUGAACCAUUUACCUACUGCAUUUCCAAUAAUGGCUUAUUUCUUAAUUUAUUAAUGUUCUCUAAUAUGAAUGAAGGAACCAAUAGAUAUU